AUGGGUUCCAAUGAGAGAUUUUUCCCUUUAAAUGAUAUUGAAGCCUUGGCAGCUGUAAGAGCCCUCCUUUUCACACAAGAGCUGGGUUUUUCAUCAUUUACCCUUAAAGGAAACUCCGAGGUGGUCAUCAAAGCUCUUAACAGCAAUAAUGAGUCCUCUGCUUCAUUUGGUCACCUCCUUGCCUCGGAUUCCAAUAAGAAUGGGUAUGUUAAACCCACAACAGCCAAGUCCGAAUGGGACAAGGCAACUCUUGCAUUAACUAAUGCGAAUAGUAAGGCUAUUAAUGGUAUAUUCUGUGGUGUGUCCCAUGAUGAGUUUCACAGGAUAUCGCAUGUGGAGACAACCAAGGAAGCUUGGACAAUCCUUGAGACUACCUAUAAGGGUACCAAGAAAGUCAAUGACACAAAGCUCCAAAUGCUUACCACUAGAUUUGAAGAGUUUAAGAUGGGAGAUGAUGAUGCUUUCGAUUCUUUCUAUGGAAAGCUCAAUGAAAUUGUAAUUGCUAAGCUCAAUCUUGGAGAGAAGAUUAAAGAUUCUAAGGUGGUGAGAAAGAUUUUGAGGUCUUUAUCGAAGAGCUUCCGAGCAAAAGUUACAGCUAUAGAAGAGAGUAAAGACUUGGAUGAGAUCAAAAUCCAGGAGCUAAUUGGAUCUCUCCAAACAUAUGAGUUGGGACUGCCUUCUCAUAAAUCGAGCAAAUAUCUUGCUCUUAAAACCAUCACCGAGAGAAUGGACGACUCCUCCAAAGAGGAUGAUGUGGAGAAAGAAGUAGCAUUCUUUGCAAAGAACUUUCGAAAAUUUUUGAAGAUGAAAAAUAAUGGGAAGCCUUUCAGCAAAGGAAAGUUUUCAUCCUCCAAGGGUGAUAGGAAGGAGUUUAAGAAGAAAGAUGGAAAGGAGUUUCAAUCCCCUCAAGGAAUUGUGUGUGAUGAAUGCAAUGGUCAUGGCCAUCUCAAGAAGGAGUGUCCUAACUACCUGAGAGGGAAGGGUAAAGUAUUUGCCACUAUCCUUAGUGAUUUUGACAACUCAAAUUCAGACACCGAAGGAGAAUGUCACAGUGAAGGGAAUUACAGGGCAUUUAUGGCUAUUGCCUCAGUUGAGUCAAAAGAUGAUUUGAGCAAUUUGGUUGAUGAACUUGGUCAUAUAUCUGAGGAUGAGGAAAUUGAAGAAUCCGAAGAUGAAGAUGUAUGCCAAAAUGAAGGGGUGAACAACCUUCAGGAAUCCUAUGAUUCUCUACUGAAGACUGUGGCAAAUAUGCCAAAGUUGCUAACCUUGCUGUGA